AUGAGUCAAGAAGGAGGAGGUGCUGUCUACAACUUUAUGUUAGGGUGUGCAAAAUGGGCCAGUUGGGUGUAUUUUAAACAGUUAAAAGUGGUGAACAAAGAGAGGGUACCAAAACAUCGUCCUGUGAUAAUUGCUGCAACCCACAGUAACAUGGUCAUAGAUCCUGCAAUGGUGUUGGCGACAAUUCCACACGAUCGUCAAGUUCAUUUUUGGGCCAAAAACGACUUUUUCCAAAACAAAUUGGUUGGAAAACUCUUCUCAUCCGCCGGUGUGGUACCAGUUGAUCGAACUACGCGUAAUAAUCAGUUAUUGUUUAAAGCUACUUUCGAGACAUUGGAAAAGGGUGGUCUUGUUGCUGUCUUUCCCGAAGGAACGUCGGCAACGCUACCACAUUUAUUGCCAAUAAAAGAUGGUGCAUCUUGGGCAGCAUUAGAAUUCGCUUAUAAGCUAUUUCAAGAGGGCAAACUAGAUGGAGGCGGUGGUGAAACUGCAGUGAUUAUUCCGGUUGGUAUUACUUAUACGGAUAAGUCACGGUUUAGAAGUGACGUAAUUGUGAGAUACGGGGAUCCGAUAACUGUAGACUCAUUACUACAUGAUUUUGAAAGAGAUCCCAAGUCGGCCGUUAAACAAUUAACCGGGGAAAUUGAAAAGGCGCUUUAUGCACUAACUAUUAACGCGCCUGAUUGGGAUAUAUUCAAUGCAGCUAAGAUGGCACGAAUAAUAUUAUUCUCCGACAAGGAUCCACCAUAUAAAUUGGAAGAUUAUGUAAAAAUUACGCAAAAUUUUAUAAAUUUCUUCCGAAACUCAUCAGACGCUGAAUCACAACAACAAAUCAUCAUCAAAAGACUUCAACAGGAUCUUUUAACAUAUCAUCGCCAAUUGCAACAACUAAAUCUCACCGAAUUUGAAAUAUGUAAAUAUUCAAAAGACCGAGUUACCCCUGUAUCAGCGUUAAUCAGCUUAACUGGACAAUUUUUGAGUUUAUUCCUACAAGCACCUUUCUUUCUACCUGGUCUAAUAAUCCAUCUUCCGGUCUAUGCACUCGGGAAAUUGGUGGCAUUACGAGAGGAGUAUGAGGAAUCUCGAUCACAAGAUAAAGUGUUUAUUGCACUUGUACUUCUCCCACCACUCUAUAGUCUACUAUUCUAUCAACUAUGGUCAUGGACCGGUUUCGGUUUACGUGGAUUCUGGGCAACUACUAUCAUAAUACCGACAAUUUUGAUUUAUCAUUAUUAUUUAUUGGAUGAAAGAUAUGCAAUGUUCAAACAGUUUAUAAAGAGUUGGCGGAUAUUUAAGGUGGUUGUGUUGCUGAAAUUGAUGAAAUACGGAAAACGAGAAUUUUCUGAUUUGUCGCCUAAUCAAAUCGACGAAAUGGUUAAGUUACGAGAACGAUGUUUAGUCACAUUAAAAAAGAUCUUUUUACAAACGACAAUUAGUAAUGGAAAGGUUGAUAUGGUUUUAGGCUUGCAUAUGGAGGCAAGGACCGGAAUGGCAGCCAAUAGUGAAACACGAGUGUAUUGGAAUGUUAACGAGGAAAAAAGCACCGCUCGCUUGGUAGAAUUGGGAGUAGUUACAUUUGUGCGUAUAAGUGACAACGUAUGGUGGAUAUUUGUGUUUCGAACUUACCGAGGAUGGGAUUAUAUGCUUUGUGUCGACGAGAUCAUUCAUGUUAUCAUGGAAUCAUCGUGGCGAUCAUCAUCAUUAUCUGCGAUUAUUUAUGCUAAUAAGAAUUUUGUUGCAUUGCAGAUCACGGAUAAAGCUAUAAAUACGGAUCAAAAGGACUCGUUUUCACAGCAUCAAAAUGAAUACAACAACAGCAGCAAUAAAUUAAUAACGUCCGAUCAAAGUAGCAAUAAUGCUGCAGUUGUCCCGUCAAGAUCUUUUUCAACAUCAUCACAAUUUUCGGCCGCAUCACCGCUCUUUCCACUUUCUUCUACCACAGAAUCAUCAUCUACGUCAUCAUCAAUUCAUUCCCCCAGCACUAAUACUACUAAUUCCCAAUUUAAUUAUCGGUCUCUUUAUAAUAGUGCAUUACAUUAUGACACAACGACAAAUCAUUCACAGCAGCCGCAACAGCAAAACACUACUCAUCAUCAUCAAAUUCCAUCUUCCCUUUCUCUUCCUACACAACAACCAUCUGCUCUACUAAGUUAUCCUUCAUCUUCAGAUUCGCCUGCCGCUGCAGAUAAAAUUCAUAUCGAGAAUAAUCAAAUGAAUUAUACAAGGGGAGGAGACAUAAAUGAGCAUCGUAAUUCAUUACCAAUUCCAUCUUUAUCUUCAUCCGGACAAACUUUAAUGACUGAUCUUAUGACUCGUCGUGAAUCAGUAUCACAUUCUAUUUCAAAUAAGAAUGAUUCAUUAGAUACUAACAAUUAUAACUACAAUCAUCAGCAAUAUUAUAAUCAACCAGUGUUGACACCAUCAGCACCACAAAAACGUCAAAAACCGUCAUAUUCAUACCCUUUAUUAAAUUCAACUACACAAAAGCAACAGCCUCAUCUGCAGAAUUAUUCAAUCGCUGCUUCUAAUCAACAUCAGCAUCAUCAUCACGAAAACUCUGAAUCAUUAACCUCACAACGUCAAUCACAAACACAAUAUUACGAGUCAUCGUCAUCAAAUUCCAAUAAUAAUUAUCAUCAACAGCCAAUUAAUAAUGAUUAUCAUCAAUAUAGUCAUAAUCACCAUCAUCAGCAACAACCACCUCUUGUUACUGCUGCUACCUCUCUUCACAACCACCAUCAUACGCUGCCUUCGUUGUCAUCUGAAAUCGGUUCUCCUAAAUCAAAAAAACGAGCCCGUAUCGUGGCGACAAAACCAAAGCAGCCAAUAUUGAUGUCUGAAUAUCAACAACAGCAACAGAUGACUCAAGAAAAAGAAUCAUAUUUUCAAUACGUCACUUCUAUUCCAACAAAAGAGAACGACAACAGCGAAGAGGAGGAAGAACUACGAAGAAAACAAAGCAAUCAAACGUUUGUCGACGCUUCUUCACGUUCAAUUGAUCAUCAUCAAUAUCGUCAAAAGGAGAAGAAAUCGAUAAUCACACCAAAACAAGAACAAGUAGUUAAAUUGGAAGAUUCACCUCCACCUUCACCCAAUAAAAAUGUAAACUAUAAUCGAUUUGAGAUUAAAAAUCAGGAUGAUAUUAUUAGCAAUAAGGCUAUUGGAUUUUCUCAGCCUGAAAUUGAUGCUGUCAACGUGAUUCAAAAUUUAAAACGAGACUAUCCAAUCAGUAUUAAUAAUAAUCACAAUUGUACUUCCUUCUCUUUCUCAUCUACCGAGGAUAAAAAUCGACGACGAAUCAAGUCAAAACCCGUGAUUACGGAGAUCACGACGACUUAUGUUAAAAAUGACUCCAAGAUUAAACAAGAAGAGAAUGAUGACGUUAAGAUCCAAUUCGUCGAGUCACCGCAAUCAAUUUCAUUUCCUUCUUCGAUUUCUGAUCCAGAAAUUGCUGAAAAAGAACAAGCGACAAUCGAGAUUUUACAAUCGAUGAUGAAUAAUAGGCGUGCUAGUACUGAGAAUACUGCUGUCACUAGAGCUUCUACUGGGUCUUCUUCAUCAACAUUAGUCACUAGCAUUUCAGAAUCAUCGGUAGCUAAUGAAGGUAUAAUCAGUAAUAAAACGAGCGAUAAAGCGAAUAAAGAUAUUCCGCUUUCUCGGCUUCCAAGUCGCAAAGGAAGUAACGAUAAAAUCAAUACUAGCACCAAUAGUAUUGAUAGUAUUCUCGCUGCUGCUGAAAUCGUGGACCCGAAAAUUGACACUACUGCUCCUGCUAAUAUCGAGAAUUCGGAUGAUGAUUUGGCAAUGGAUGAUGGAUCCGAAGACGAGACAAGCGAGGUGAAACGUAAGGAAUCAUUUCGACCAGCUUCGUCGACUAUUAGUAAUACUGCUGCUACUUCGUCCUCAACUUCUUCGUAUCUUAAAGAGGCUUUGUAUCGUAAAGAAACACAACAACGACAGGAAUCUCAAUAUAAAUCUGAUGAUAUGUUGACAGAAGAGGAAGAAGAGGAAAUUAUAAUGGUGGAUUCAAAAGUAUCAACAAAUCAGGGUCAAAGUCAACCUUUAUCUGCUCCCACGGAUUCUUUCUCAAAAAACAUAAACUGA